GAGCAAAACAAUUAUUGCACAAUUUUUAUUUCAUUGAAAUAAUGCUUUACUCAUGAAAAUAACAGAAGAUUCAGUGGAAUAUCAACCUUGUAGUUUUUCAAAACAGGGCGGUGACCAGCAUAGCCGCUUGAUUUUAUUCAUUUAUGUGUUGUGUUGUGAAGGCUGCGUUAUCGAGUUAUCAGUAGUCUAUAAUUACAGUAAUUAAAAUUUUGUUUUUUUUUAUCAAGUAUGACUCCACUUUAGGCUGAAGUUGUAAACAGUUGACUUCUGUUGAAAUAAACGAGUAGUUUUAGUUAAAAACAAUGAGUACCAACAAUCAAAAUAUGGAUAAUUUCCAAGACUCACCACAAUUUCAAGAAGCUGUUAAAAACGCUGUCAAUAAAGCUCUUUUGGAUUUCUUCGAGAAACUUGAAGUAAAGGAAGAAAAAUCUGAGGGAUGUCCUUAUCUGACACCCGUUCCUCCGUGUUGGCAAACAUGUACCGAUAAUGAGUUGCGAGAUCGGAACAAAGAGAAAUGUAUACCACCCUUUUGGUUCAUGAGACAUUAUUUUGAAAACCAACUUCCUCCUUGUUGUUGGCAGGAAGAGCAAUGUCAGAGACCCUGGAACCCACCAAGCAGGUACUUCGACGGACCUGGAAGAGUAAACGAAUACAGUCGUUGGCAACAAGAACCUAGAGGGUGGGCGCCAUGGUGGGCUCACCGAAAUGCUGAUACUACAGAACAACCACCCAGAGAAUGGACUCCAUGGUGGGCUACUAGAAAUGCUGAUGCCACUGCUAGGGGCGUGGAUAACAAUAGACCACAACAACCACCAAGAGAAUGGAGACCCUGGUGGGAAAACAAAAAUAAUGAUACUUGUGAACAAACACCUAAAGAUUGGGUUCCAUGGUGGGCAAACAGAAAUACCGACACUUCUGGUAGGAGUGGAGAUAACAAUAAACCACAGCAACCGCAUAGAGAGUGGAUACCUUGGUGGUUCGCCAGAAAUUCUGAUAAUCAUGGGAAAUCUGGAGAUAACAACAAUUCCUCCAGCUUCUGGAGAUGAUUUAUAUUCAAAUUAGAUCCAUUAGAUCACCAUAACUUUUUUAUUUGUGUAGAAUUUUUGGAAUAAAUAUAUUAAAAUUUUAUUACAUUAUAUAGUAAAAUUGUGAAAAUCGCAUUAAACAAAUGUUUCUUCA